UUUUAUUAGAAUGCAAAUCCAAAGCGUGGUUUGUUGUAUUGUUGUGCCAGCAAACACCCUCGUCUCCACACCAUAAAAAGAGGAGAGUUUCCUGGUUUUUGUCUUCCUCUAGUUGCACAAAUCCCACCUUUUCUGUCUCAAUUUCCUCUCUUUUUUUUCUUAGUUUUUCAGAAGAAAUUCAUCUUGCUGCAGCUAGCUAGAGAGCCGCUGCAACAAGUUGAGUGAAAGAAACAAACAAGAGUUGUUUGUAAAUUAAGUAAGGGAAUAUUUUUGAAUAGAUUCUUCUUCCCUUUUCUUUGGCUAACUUCAAUGUCAAACAUCACGAGUUGUGAUAGUGGGAGCUUCUCUACAGAAAAUACCAGAGAAGAUGCAGCAGUUAAGCAGCAACCCGAGAUGCUCGCUCAGUUCCACAGUCCACAUUCUCUUACUUCAACCACAACAACAAAUAACAGCAAUGCUUCCAACACAAAUUCUCAACCACCUGCACCUGUUAAGAAGAAAAGGAGCCUACCAGGAAAUCCAGAUCCGAGUGCUGAAGUAAUAGCUUUAUCACCAAACACACUAAUGGCAACAAACCGGUUCAUAUGUGAAAUCUGCAACAAAGGGUUUCAAAGAGAUCAAAACCUUCAGUUGCACCGGCGAGGCCACAACUUGCCAUGGAAGCUUAAGCAGAGAACAAGCACGGAGGUUCGAAAGAGGGUUUAUGUUUGUCCAGAACCUUCGUGUGUCCACCACAAUCCUGCAAGAGCACUGGGUGACCUCACCGGCAUUAAAAAGCACUUCUGCAGAAAGCACGGCGAGAAGAAGUGGAAAUGUGAUAAGUGCUCAAAGAAAUACGCUGUUCAGUCUGACUGGAAAGCCCACUCAAAAAUCUGUGGUACAAGGGAAUACAAAUGUGACUGUGGUACCAUUUUUUCAAGAAGAGACAGUUUCAUUACACACAGAGCUUUCUGUGACGCACUAGCUGAAGAGAACAACAAAGCCAACGAAGGACAAUUACCAAAGAUAGGUCCAAACUUGCAAUCUCAACAGAUUCCAAACCUUGUUUCCUCGUUACCAAUCAACACCAACGUUGUUCCCAACCCACAACAAAUCGGUGGCACCUCGGAGUUCAACCAUGCUGAAAACAAGCACCCACUGUCACUCCCACACGAGCUGAUGCCAAUGCCUGCACCAAAACCCUUCAACUCCAACACUACCAUGGCAGGAACAGUGUUCUCCAGAAGCCUCUCAUCAACCUCUUCACCGUCUCUCCAACUGAGUUCAAACAUAUUCGAGGAAAACGGGCUCCACCUGGCUGCAGGGUCGCAACACAUGUCAGCCACCGCACUGCUGCAAAAAGCUGCCCAAAUGGGAGCAACGGUGACGGAUAAAAAUUUUACCACAAACAUGGCACCGCCGUCGUUUGGGGUGCUGCAACAGCAUCCGAAUGGACAAUCCUUCAUGAACCAGUACAUGCACAGUGGCCAACAGGAUCCCAACGUUAGCAUCUCCGCUCAGUAUAACGGUUUCGGCGCAAAUGGGAUGAGUGGAGGGAGCGUUGGAAUGAACGGUGUGGACAUGUUCAACGCUAUCUUGGACCAAAGCAAGGNAUAUAUAUAUAUAGCUAGAAAGAACAGUGACUAA